AUGUUAAAUAUUUGCUCCUUUUGGGAAAUUAACCCCCUGACUAAUAGAGUGAGAGUUCGGGCUCCGAAAACGAAAGCAGAGCCUUAUCCCGAUUAUGAUACCGAGGAAGAGGGUACAGCCCAGCUACUUGCGGGACUUUGCAACCGGAAAAUACCUCGAGGACAGGCUAGACGGUCUCGACGAAUUAGAGGUCAAGCGCCUCGAGACAGAAGCGAGGAAGCCAGUGAGCCCGAAUCCACCUUUGAAGAGAAAACGUGGCCGCCCGCGGAAGGUGAAACAACCCUUAACGGAGCAAACAACUAUGAUGACUUUGAAUCCGAAAUCAGCGACGACUACUCAAAACCCUCCAGACGCCGCAAUGUCAAAUCAACUGGUCGCAAAAGGCGGAGAGCUGGAUCAAUGGACAAAGACAGUAUCGAAGAAAGUCAAUCAGUUACGAGGCGUAAACGAGGAAGAAUUGAAGCGCCUAAAGAAGUACGAAGAAAAAGGCGAGCAAACGACGAUGGCUAUACUAUCACCAGCGAUGAUUUCAGAAAAUUCAGGAAUUCAAUUUAUGACGCAACUCAUCGCAGCAAGAAAUCCAAAAACAGGCGAAUUGAAGUUCCCUCAGGAACUGAUAGUGAGCAAGUUUCCGACUUCACCGAUGGAGAUGAAAGCGUUUCAACCAGAACCGAUUCGAAAAGCGCCGACGACUCUCAAUACUCGACCGAUGAUAAUGACCAACGAAACGCCGGGAAUGGAAGAAAAAAUCCAAGAAAUUCAAGAGAGCUCUCCGUCAUUGUCGAGAACCCCGCGUACAACUUUAACAAGCGAAAGACUGAAAAAAACCGGGCUCCCGCGGGGCGAGUUAUUACAGUUCGAAAACCAAAGCAGCCUGAAAAAUCUGAACCGGUUUCCAGAUCCCGAAAAAGGGGUAGAACUAAUAACACAAUUUCAACAAAACGAGCCCCUGCAAAACGAAGGAAAAACUCUCCCGAAUACAGCGAGAAUGACGGGGUCUCUUCAGACACCGCAGACAACAACGAAGACGACGAGCCAGUUCUCGAAUCCACCGCCAAUUUCUGGUCCCGCUAA